AUGGUUCGGUCUUUAAUCCAUCUUCCAGACGAGAUCCUGCAUUCGAUUCUAUGUUAUUCCACUCCUCAAUCCUGCGCCGCCGUCGAACAAACCAACAGUCGAUUUCAAAACGUAACGAAUGAGCAUUUACUAUGGCGUUACCAUUGCCUGUCGCAUUACAAGUUCUGGGAUGGGCGACAUGAUAUGCCUCGGAAACUUGCACACCCAGUGAAUUCAACUGAUUGGAAAGCACUAUUUGUCUUCAAGUAUCACGUUGAUCGAUCUGUCACCCAACUUCUUGAUAGUAUUCUUGGUAGCCAGACCGGCCGGAUCGAGAAAUUUCGCCGUGUUAUCAAUAUGGGAUAUGAUGCAAAGGAUACUCUUCUACGAUAUAGCCUGAUAGAGUCCGGGGAGGAUUGUUUGGCCAGAAGGUGGGCUACCAAUUCUAUGCAAGUUGGCAUGUGUUUCCCUCGAAUUGACCAGAGUGCCUCGUGCCAAACACAAAAGAUACGAGAGUCUCUGAAUGAGCUGCUCGACCGCUUUAUUGCUUCUCACCCGGAUCUUUAUAUCUUCACCCCUCGUGAGAAGGCACUAGCCGUAGCAUCCUGGCUAGAGUUGGAUGGUCUCACGGGGAUCAAUCCAGAGCGAGAAUAUCAUUCUUUGGAGCACAACUUUUUAGGGCUGGCUCUAAAGGGGGGUGGGUCUGAACGCCCAUCCUUGUGGAUUUCCAUUUCAUGUGCAUGUGAUCAUUACCCCCCACCGGGCUCAGACAUUAAUGGCAAUGCUCUAAGUGGGAUUGGGCGAGGGGAGCCCCUUUACUUGGACCCGUUUCGGGGUGCAAGAGAGACUCCUGUCUUAAACUUGCGCAGCCAAUUAACAUUUCUGGGAAUGUCCGACAUGGACCAAAUCACAACUUUGGAUGAAGCAUCGACUUCGAGCGUCAUCUUGCGCUGUGGUAAGAACAUAUUGAACUCGAUUCGUGUCGAACCACAAAAUCCGACCUCGCGUGCCACCUCGAUAGAUGUUGUGAGCGCAAAGUACGCAGCACUCUGGUCUGUGAUGCUACUGUCCGGCGAUUCGAGGCCAAUGGAUCUACGCCAUCAGUUGCCAUGGCUCAUGGAACUGUUUGCUACAGACUUUCCUUCCGAUAUAUUUCUAGUCGAGCAGUACAUCGCUCCUCUGUUUCAUGGGCUGUUCGAGCAUGAACACAUACUGGAGAGCCUUCAUGUGAUGAGGGCUGUGGAUGAGAUCCCAAAGCAGAUUCGGAGGCGAACCGGUGGCAAUGCAAAUAUACAAUACAAGGUGGGCCAGAUUUUCCGCCACCGUCGCUAUCAUUACGAAGCUAUUAUCACGGGUUGGGACUCGGAAUGUGGCGCGGGCGAACAAUGGAUGAGGAGAAUGGGCAUUGAUCGAUUAGAAUCUGGCAGGCACCAAAGCUUUUAUCAUGUGCUUGUGGCGGAUCGAAGUGUUCGAUAUGUGGCCGAGGAAAAUAUUGAAAUAAUUCUGCCUCGCUUCACGGAAUUGCCGAGUAGCUUGACUGCCAUUGCGGGUAAGCAUUUCAAACGGUGGGAUGAGAGGAAACGGAUGUUUGUGAGUAACAUGAAGGACGAAUACCCGGAUGACUAG